AUGGAGGACUACACAGAGACCCUGAUGGACGAAGAAGAUGCCCUGUGGGAGAACGUGGAAUGCAAUCGGCACAUGUUGACCCGGUACAUCAACCCGGCCAAGCUGACCCCGUACCUGCGUCAGUGUAAGGUUAUCGAUGAACAGGAUGAAGAUGAGGUGCUGAACUCGCCUAUGCUGCUCUCCAAAAUUAACCGAGCAGGCCGGCUGCUGGACAUCCUUCAUACAAAAGGAGAAAGGGGCUAUGUUGUUUUCUUAGAGAGCCUGGAAUUCUCCUACCCAGACCUCUACAAACUGGUGACUGGGAAGGAGCCGACGCGACGGUUUUCCACCAUCGUUGUAGAGGAAGGCCAUGAAGGGCUCACCCACUUCUUGAUGAAUGAGAUCAUUAAGCUGCAGCAGCAGAUCAAGACCAAGGAUGCCCAGCGGUGCGAACUCUUGGCCAAAUCCCGUCAGAUGGAGGAUGAGACGAAGCAGAUGAAACUCAACAAGAUAGAGCUACUGACCUUCCAGGAGAGGUACAACAAGAUGAAAGAAGAGCGGAACAACUACAACGACGAGCUGGUCAAAGUGAAGGACGAGAACUACAACCUGGCGAUGAGGUACGCCCAGCUGAGCGAAGAAAAGAACAUGGCGGUGAUGAGAAGCCGAGACCUUCAGCUAGAGAUUGACCAGCUGAAACACCGGUUGAAUAAAGUGGAAGAGGAAUGCAAGCUGGAGAGGAACCAGUCUCUGAAGCUCAAGAACGACAUCGAGAACCGGCCGAAGAAGGAGCAGGUCCUGGAGCUGGAGCGGGAGAACGAGAUGCUGAAGACGAAGAUCCAGGAGCUGCAGUCCAUCAUUCAGGCUGGAAAACCUGGCUUGCCAGAUUCGGAUAAAGCCAUUUUGGACAUCUUGGAGCACGACCGCAAAGAAGCGCUGGAGGAUCGCCAGGACUUGGUCAACAAGAUCUUCAAUCUCCAGGAAGAGAUCCGCCAUGCGGAAGACCUGCGAGAUAAGUAUCUUGAAGAGAAACAAGAGCUGGAGUUAAAAUGCUCGACGCUGGGGAAAGACUGUGAAAUGUACAAGCAUCGAAUGAUGACGGUGAUGAUUCAACUGGAGGAAGUGGAGAAGGAAAGAGACCAGGCGUUCCAUUCUCGCGACGAGGCCCAAACGCAGUAUUCACAGUGCUUGAUUGAGAAAGAUAAGUAUCGGAAGCAGAUCCGGGAGCUGGAGGAAAAGAAUGAUGAGCUGCGGAUCGAGUUGGUUCGGAAAGAGGCGUGCAUCAUUAACCUAGAAAGCAAGCUCCGACGUCUCUCGAAGGACAGCGGCUAUGACCAGAGUUUACCGAGGAAUCUGGCCCUCACCGUAAUUUCGCAGACUCUGGAAGUGCCCUUCCCGAAACUAAACGGCCAGGACCUGGCUGAUGAUUCCUCGACCUCUGAGGAGUCCCCCGAAGACAGCAAAUUCUUCCCCAUAGAUCAGCCUCGGCUGAAAAGGAGGAUGAACCUGAAGGCAGCCCAGGUACGCUUCCUCCCAUGGAUGAAAUCCCCCGUCAGCAUGAGCAAGGCAUCGGACUUUCAAGCGGUUCGAGGCUACGAGGAGGACCGGGGCGAAGCCAGCAGCUGCCACACGGAUACCAGUUCCUCUAACCCCAUUUCCAUCACUAACUCAGCAGGCAGUUGCGAAGUCAGCAAAAUCCAAACGCUUCGAAAUCGCAACCACAGCAUUAUGUCCACGACCCCGGAGCCGCCAGGGAAUGAUUCCAUAGUUCGCCGGUACAAAGAAGAUGCUCCCCCUAGCAGCCUGACUGAGGAAGACAAUGACAGUUUCGUCUACGACGCGUCGGAGCUGGAAGAUGACUUUCAUGACAGGUACUCGUACGGACCCGCCUCGCUGCCGUCUUCCACGUCGUCCCACCAGUCGGAGGGACUAGAUCUGGAGCAAGUCAACUCCAUUUUCAGGAAAUUCUCCCUGGAGAGGCCGUUCCGCCCCUCGGUGACGAACUUCGGCCGCCUCCGGAACACGUGCCACGCCGUCCAGCGCAUCAUUCUGAACGGGGACAGCCUGAGUUCGGAGAUGUCCGUCCUGGGGGGCAACAUGAAAGGCAGCUUCGUCAACUCUGUCAAACUGGGAUCCUCGGCGGAGAAAGCGGGCCUCCGGGAGGGGCACCAGCUGCUUUUGAUGGAGGGCUGCAUCAGAGGGGAGAAUACGAGCGUUCCCUUGGAUACCUGUACAAAGGAAGAGGUUCACUGGAUCAUUCAGCGAUGCAGCGGGCCCGUGACGCUGCACUGUAAACUGAAUCACGAAGGCCACAGGAAGCUGCUGUCUGAAAUCGAAGAAGGCCUGGUCACCUCCGGGGACUCCUUCUACAUCCGCCUGAACCUGAGCAUCUCCAGCCAGAUGGACUGCUGCUCCCUCUCGGUGAAGUGCGAUGAGAUCCUGCACGUCCUUGACACCAUGUACCAGGGCAAGUGCGAGUGGCUUUGUGCCAGAGUGGACCCCUUCACUGACCGGGACCUUGAUACCGGGACCAUCCCCAAUUAUAGCAGAGCCCAACAGCUCCUCUUAGUCAAGCUGCAGCGGCUCAUGAACAGAGGCAGCCGGGACGAGACGGACAGUUCGUACGGGACGCUCCGACCUGCUCGGAACACGCUGCAGCCGGAGGAGCACACGCCGCCGACUGACCCCAAAGCGAGCCCUCGUCUCUCCCGAGCCAGUUUCCUUUUGGGCCAGAUCUUACAGUUUGUCAGCAGGUCGGAAAACAAAUUCAAGCGCAUGAACAGCAACGAACGUGUCCGCAUCGUUACUUCAAAGGAGACCCGGGCCAGGCCAGAGGCGCAGUCGGUGACGAAGGCGCUGCUUGAUAGAUUUGAAGAGUUCGACUCGGUGACUGAAAUCAACAGGAGCUUGAGCCUGGUCCCGUAUAGCUCCGUGAGGCCCACCCACUGUGACAACCGGCGCCCGGUCCUUUUCACUCCGACGAUGCUCUCGAAGACCUUGAUCCAAAAGCUGCUGAACUCCGUCGGGGCCUUGGAAUUCAAUUUGUGCAAGCCAGAGAUCAUAACCAAGGAAGAAUUUUUGAGGAGAAACCAAGCCGAAACGAUAAUCUACUCCCGGGAAAGGAAUCCGCACACCUACGAGUGUAUUUUCCCUGCAAACAUCGAGGCGGUCGCAACCAAGAACAAACAUUGUCUGCUCGAAGCCGGGAUCGGCUGCACGAAGGAUCUAAUCAGAGCCAAGAUCUACCCCAUUGUUCUCUUUAUUAGAGUCUCGGAAAAAAAUAUCAAGAGGUUCAGGAAGCUGCUCCCAAAGCCGGAGGUGGAGGAGGAACUUCUACGGAUGUGCCGUCAGAAUGAAAAAGAGCUGGAGUCCCUGCCCUGCCUCUACGCCCCCCUAGAGGCUGAAGCGUGGAGCAGCGUGGACGACCUGCUCCGGAUAAUCAAGGAAUUCGGAAGAGCAGCGCAAGACCAUCUGGAUCGAUGA